AUCCGCAGGUCCGUAGCGGUGGCCUGUGUGUGUGGGGCGUGCGGCCAGCAAGCGUUCACGCCAAGCAAGAAAACUUGCAAGACUUUUGUCGCUGCCUACAUCGCUCGCAUCUGUGGGAGACGACGCUGCCGUUGUGCACACACCGGCCGCUACUCUCCUGACUAGGAACGGAGCAUGAACUGAGGAAAGCGGGCACGAUAGACGCGAGAAAAGAUUCGGUCCGGCGAAAAAGGCAGCGCGGCGGGACCAAGAUGGAGCUAGAACCUUACCGCCGAUCUUUCACGGUGGAGAGCCUACCGAUUGAGAUCAUGGAUCACAUUCUGAGUUACUUGUCUUACGAUGAGAUCAGUGUAUAUCGAAGGGUGAGCCGCCACUUCAACGGGUGCUGCCAGAGGCUGUUGAACCAGGGAUUCUUCCGGGCCGAGCGGUUCCACGCACAGUGUCUCAAGGCCGUCAAGAAGCAGCUUCCGCGGCGAGAGUCCGAACGCCGCACUCACCCACUCGCGCGCCACUGCGAGAUACUUACCAGCAUAGAGACACGUCUAUCUCUACUCAGCAUGACGUUCAUGAAGUACAUGGACAUGAACCUGUGCUGCUUCAUCCCUGGCAAGGUGAUCGACGAGAUCUUCAGGGUUUUGCGUCUGGUGCAAGGGGCCGGUCACGGAUGCACGACGACACCUCCGCGUGCACACGAGAUCCUGCAAGAGUUGCGCGACAUCUCGUCCAUGGCCAUGGAACACUUUGACGAGCGCAUCGCUCCAGGUCUCAAGCUCCACGUGGGGCCCAUGAAGCCCACUCUCGGGUUCAUUGGUGCAGGACACCACGGACCGUGUGCCAUCACCGCAACAGUACCGCGCAGCUCUGAGCUGGAACUCCUGAAACAUCUUUCCAACUCUUCCAUCCUGCCUGGCUUCUGCUGGUCGUCUCACUUUCCUCGCUGCCUUCUUCGUCUGCCAUUGAACCAAGCAACUGCUACCUCCAUCCUGGGGCGGGUGCAGAAGCCAUGUGUGCAUGCAGCCGCACACUUGAGCCUGACCGAGGAGAUAAAACAAGUGCGUGCCGCCAACUUGAGCCUUCGCAAGUCGCUGACCGAGUGCAAGUCCAAGCUGACCGCGCAAUCCAAAAAGCAAUGCGAGCAGGAGAAACGGGCACACGACCAGGCACAGCUGAUUGCGGAACAAGGCAGCCGCCUCGCCGAACAAGAAGGCAAACUCAACGAGCUGAACCGCAAACUGCUCGAGCAGCACCGCGAAUUCGCCGACGUGUUGGAAGAAGUGAGUCGCCUCCGAGAACAGGUGGCGAGCAGUUCGAGCAACGGAGUCAGCGGCAUCGGCGAACCCGACCAGUCCGACGGAGCAGAAAUGCUCCAGAAGACAAUGCGACCUCGAUGCGGCAGAAAGGGUAGUAACGCCCCUAGGGAAACCACCGUUUCCAGCAGCAAGCGUCGCAACGCCGACGGCGCCUUACCGGAUAUAGAGCCUAGUCGGAAGCGCCAAUGCAAAGAUAAGGUCGCCACGGAGGUGGAAAGGCCGCGACGGACGGGAAUGGCAACGCGCAGUAGGCCAGUGAAAUGUUGACGAGUGGUCCGUGGUCCCGUCGACACGGAUCGCCGAACGUAACGCUGAGCUUUUCUCAGCACAGCAUGAGGCUAGCCAUCUUUGCACAGUGCAUGCGAGUGACGCAUGCCUGUGGGUGGCGCUCCGUUGACACAGUGCUACAAAGUGACAUAUAAUUUCGUGUGAUGAGAUAGUGUCGUAGGUGCCAGGCCGGUGAAAACCGAGCAGCAUACUUGUUUGUGAAAGUAAUCCGAGCAAGGCACUGUCUGUCGUAAAAAUUUACGACCCUAGUUGAGAGCACAAGGUGGAUGACGCAAAAACAGCCUGCCACCUUUUGUAACAAGAAUCUUUGUAACUUCUUCGUGCGCAGUUGCUUUAUUGACAUUGUUAUAGCGUAGUCACGUGCGUACCUGUUGGCCAGUUCUCGUUCGAAACAUUUGAGCCAAUAAGGGUACCGCUAUAAGAAACCAGUUAUUGUGCUCUCUUGAACUGAGAGGCAGAUUAGAUACUAGUGUGAUAUGCACAUCUAAUCUAAUCCACAAACACUACCGGUUUCAAGCCUAGCGAUUUAACGACAUUCGCGAAUGACUGCCUCGUGUAGCAGGUGUGUGGCUGGGCAUCAGGAAUGUAGGCUACCACUGAAGGCUCACGUUACACACAUGCCCACACUGGUAACUACCAAUGAACUGUUGCGUAACUACUCUUACUAGCCACCCUCAAUUUCUUACCAUGAGAGGGUUGUAGGUUACGCGUUUUGUGAAAAGCAAGGCCAUUUAGCAGAAGUUUCUCGGUUGUAAAAGAUAACAUCGGGAGCUGCGUCUGUCCUUUUGCUUGCUGAAUAAGCUCUGUAUGCUAUUUUCUAAGUCCUGCGAUUUUGCAUAGGCCCGUUCUUUUUGUGCUCAGCUUGCCACGUACACAUCUCCCCUCAAGCGUAUAUGUUUGUGUGUGUAUGUAGCAUCCUUCCUAUAGUGUCCUUCCUUUGCAUUGCUUUUUUUUUUUUCAUUUUGGAGGGAAGCCACAGCAGUGGAGGUUAACAGACCUUCAAUUUAGGGUCCCUGCUGUGACCUUGUUCAGCACUGUAUUCAAUGUUAACAGAUCGUCUAGUAUUUAAGAGCAGUGAAAAUGUUGCCCGAAGGAGUUCCUAAUACAAUUGCUUUGCAAUAAGGCUGCAGAACCGUAGACUUCACGGUACUAUAGUGUGUUCAACUUGUUCCACAUAGUAACAACUAUGUUACAUCCAAAAUCAAUGUCCGGAUGUUUGCUAUACAUAAUCGGUAACCAUGUGGCACAGAGUUCUACCUGGCGCAGUUGUCUAGUGCUGCAAUUUGUGUGCAUCUGAACUCUGAUACAACAAAGGCAGGUAUAAAAAAAAUUACGUAAUGGAAGUCUUGCCAGCAUUAAGCGUGCACUUGAUGGUAUUUUGGAAUAUUGGGCAUUUUCGUGUCGAAUAUGUCUUCAGAUGACCUAGAUUUGGCUGCGUGCCCAAAAUACGUUUCAGGUAGUUGCUACUCAUUGGGAUUGUCCUUAGCUCUUUAGCAAGAAUUCAUUCGCAUGCUGCUAAAAGGUACAGUUAUCUUUUGUUGGUGCAAAGAAGGUCUAUGACAAGAUACUGUGAAU